UAGAUUUUACUAUUUAGUACAUUCUCAAUAUUUUUAAUAACAUGAAUCAUACGCUAUUAAUGUUUAAACGAUAAGGAUACAAUUGGAUUGAAGUCAUAUUCCCCUAUUAUAUAUAUAUAUAUAGACGUAUGUAUUAAAUAUUAUCACGUGCGUCAAAAGUUCGUUGAUGUUGUGUUAAAGUGUAAAAAGGACUAUCUUUAAUAAAUUAUUAUUCGCUGUUGUUUUUUAUUCAAUUCGUGUACCGUUCACUAAAGAAUCAUGAAUACUUUUGAGAUUACCCAGUCAAUGAACUGGUAUAAAUCUAAUAUCAUGACUAUGGAUGAUUCUGGAAACUUAAUUGCUUAUGGUUCAAGAUCUAUUGUUGUAUUAGUUAAUGGUUUGGAUGGUAACAGUGUAUAUGAUUUACAAUAUAAUCGUCUCAGACUUAAUACAAAAAUGGGUUGUGGUCGUAUUGGAGCAGUAUCAUUUUCUCCUAAAACAGAUUAUUUUGAAAAUGCUCAUUAUUUGGCUUGUAUAGAUGAAGUUAAUAUUUACAUUUGGAAAGUAAAAAGUAUGGUCUGUGAUCUCAUACAUUCAUUUGGGAAUAAAAAAAAUAAGAACAUAACUCUACUGGAUGUUACAUGGUUGUAUGGAUGCUUAACCGUUGUAGCGCUAUCAGAUGCUGGAACUUUACAUAAGUGGGAUAUUCAAGCAUUAACAAUGCGUAAUUAUACGUUAGAUGUUAAAGCUACACCUUUGACAUUAGCUGCUUGUCCACAUAAAAAGAAUUUAAUUGCUAUAGGAUGUAAAAAUGGUCAUCUAUUUGUCUAUGACCUAACUGGUGAUGGCCAAUUAUUACAUAAAUUGCAUUACCAUGAACGAAAUAUAAAUUCAUUGGCUUGGUGUCCAGUUCCUUAUAGUCCAUUUAGUUCUGAUCAAUCUACUGAACCUUUAUUACUAGCAUCAAUAGCCUGUGAUAGAACUGGUUUAUGUAUAAGUCGUGCUGGUUUAGAUAUGUUUAAUGAAACUACAGUAGCGUUACCUAUGAGACCACUGAGAAAAACUGCUUUCAAAAACAAAAAUAAUUUAAUUUGGAGUUGUGUUAAAUGGAUAAAACCAACAAUUCUUAUUGUUACAUCUGGUUUUGGAGAAAUUCUUAAAGUAGAAAUUAAACCAGAUAUGAUAUCUGAGCCAAUAGUGACUUUGAUGAGUGAUACCCACAAGGAUAUAAUUUUUUCUAUAGCAUGUCCUCGGGAAUCAACUAAACCAUAUUUAUGGUCAUCAUGUAUGGGUAGGAAAUUGAUUCGAACUCGCUUACUUAAUACUAGAGAAGAGACUGCUGAAUUACCAUUGGAAGUACCAACACUUGGUGGUUUUGUUUAUUGCUUUGCACUUUCUCCAGUUAAUUCAGCUGACUUUGCGUUUGGACUUGGUGAUGGAAGAAUUUAUUAUUGGAAUGUGUCUAAUAAGCGUCAAUUAGAGCUAAUCACAUUGAGUUAUUCUAUGGACUCAAAAGUAUUAUCAUUAGCAUUUCAUCCACAAGAUGAAGGUUUGUUAGCAUAUGGUACAGGUGAUGGACGUAUUGGAGUUUUUAAUUUAACAAGAAAAAAAAAUAAUGUUAAUUUAUUAAAAACUGUACUUGCUAAUCCAAUUUAUCGGUUAUGUUGGGCACCAUUUCCCAAUACAAAGACAGUCGAUGAUGCAAAACUUGCUCUUUAUGCAGUUGGUAAUGGGCAAAUUAUAAUUUACAAUGAUAUGAAUGUUUGGAAAGAUCCAUUUAAUUUGAAAGAAUUUACUCAAUUUAAUGAAAUUGAAGAUAAGUUAUCAACACCUGUUAAACGCAUUGAAAUGGCUUGGAAGCCAAAUUAUGAUGUAGUUGCAAUAGGAAAUUCAAAUGGGAGUAUUUAUUUAUUAGACGGAAACACGUUAAAACUUAAACAUGUAGUGAGUGGCCAUGAUCAAUCUGUUGAGUGUAUUAUCUGGCAUCCAACACAUGUAACUUCUGACUAUAGUGAAGAGUCUAAGUAUAAAAAUUAUUUUGCAUCAAGUUCGCACUGCAUUAGAGUUCAUCAAUUUAAUGAAGAUUGUGAACCUUCAUUGGUUGUUGAGUUUAAAGGACAUAAAGAAAAAAUCAAUGAGUUAGCGUGGAGUCCUCAUCAUAAUUUAAUACUUUUGAGUUGUUCAAAUGAUUUUACUGCAAAAGUAUGGAAUGUGGAAAAGUGUACAUUGAUUGGAGUUUAUUCUAAACACUUAUGUACUGUAUUGUGUGGUAUGUUCUCACCUUGUGAUGCUGAUAUAGUAUUCACUGGAUCUGCUGAUCAUUCUAUUCAUUCAUGGCGAUUAUCAAAAGAUUUACACAAUUACACAACAGAAUUCAAAAAAAAUCAAGAUUCUCCUAAUAUUGUUAAAGAAAAAAUUGUGACAAAAGUUGCAGACAAUUCUAAAAAUGAUUCAGGCAAAGAACAUUCAAAUAAAGUUCAGCAGUUUCCGUUAUCAAGUUAUGAACUUUUUAUUGGAAAACAUCUAGAAAAAGCAGUAGACAAAUUCAUCGAUUCUAAGUAUAAAAAUAAUGUAUCUGUAGAUGAAGAGAUAAAUUAUUUGGCAUUUUUUGGAUCAACUACUGAAAUGAAAAAGUUUUUAGAGGAUGAAUACUGUGCAUUAAAAAAAAAAUCUUCAAAUCAAAUGAUUCCUUGUAUGAACAAUAUAAAUAUAUGGGGUCAAAACUUAGAAGGUUAUUUUAAGGAUGCAAUUGUAACAAAAACUAUCAAUGAUUGGAUGAUAGCAGUUGCUCCAAGUAUUAGUUAUGAAUUAUGGACAAAAAUGUGUGAUGUAUAUGCAAGUCAACUAGAAGAUGUUGGAGAAGUUACUAAAGCAUCAACAUAUUUAGUAGCUAUAAAAAAAUUUGAUGAAGCUGCUAUGUUGUUACUAAAAAAUAAUUUGUUUCGUGAAGCUUUAGCAGUGGUUAAAAGCCAAGAUAAGCAAAAUGAUGAGAUUAUAUUGGAAAUAACUAAAAAGUGGGCGGAAUAUAAUGUUCUUCAUGGACAUCCUAAAGAAGCUGCUCAUUGUUAUCUGAGUAUAGGUGAUGUGAGAAAUACUAUUUCAUGCCUUAUAAAAAUUAAACAAAAUAAAGAAUUGUUAUUAGCUGCCAAGUUAGCUAGAUAUAUAGAUGAAGAUAUGGAAGAAUCUUUGGUUGUUAAUUUACUGAAAACUGAAUAUUUUAAGCAUCAUAAAUGGAAUGAAGCUAAAGAACUUCUAAAAGAUCAUCCUAAACUUAAUUAUUUGAACAUGUGGACUAGUGUUCAUGAAGCAAUGUUCGAAUUAAACCCCAAAGUAACUCAAAUAAUAAUUAAAAAUUGGAUUUGUGCUAUAUCAGUCAACGAAAAUUCUUCAAUUUUAAAUUAUAUUUUGGAGCAUGUAGAGUAUAAACAAGAUUAUUAUGACAAGUUAUUAAAAAUAGUGGGGUCUGAAUUUAUUUUUGAUGCUUCACUUUUGUUGCCAAUGAUUACUGUGUUCUUAGCAGGCCAGUUAUGUUUAAUAGCCUUACAGUAUCAAAAAACUGGAUUAUUUACUAUAGAUUCUCAAAAGCGUUUAAUAAAAUGUUUUGCACUUGCAUAUAACUAUGAAACAGAAUAUACAGAUUCCAAUUCAAAAUUUAAUAAGAUCCUCUCAAGAUUGAUAUUAUGGCUUUUUCCUAAAGGACCUUUAACAUUGGAUUUGUUUACACAUUUUGAAUUGAAUGACAAUUUCAUAAAGUCUAUUCGAUCUUAUUUAUGUUACACUUGUUUUUCAUGGUUAAACCCUUUGCUUACUAGUAUAAAAAAAAAACUUGACUUGCCGGUUGAUGAAAAUUUUACUGAUAAAGAGUAUUUUAGUGAAACCAUUAUUUUAAUUCAACAAUUUCAAAAAUUAUUUGACAAUUAUAAACAUGAUAUAAUGGAUGUAGAAACUGUAAACUACUUUAAAGCUAAAAAAGAAAUUGAACGUAUAAAUCAACUACUGACUUCUAGCUCUUCUGAAAUUAAUAUUGAUGGGACAGUAAAUGAAGAGUUAAUUGGAUGUAUUAAGUCAACUACCAGUGAAGAAGAAAAUGAGAAUACCGAGUUUUUAGACAGUAAAGUAAUAACUUCAAAAGCCAAUGACACAAAAUCUUUGAUUGAAAAUAUGAAAGAAUGUAAUAUCAAUAGUAGUAUUAAUUUUAACAAGUUAUGUGUAGAAAAAGAUCAAGAAAAAUCAAAUGAUUGUAUCUCAUUACAAAAUAAGGAAAUAAAUAAUUUACUCAAUAAUACUAAUAAAAAUGGUGAUAUAAUUCACACAAAUAAUGAAACAAAAAUAAAUGAAGUAAAUUUGGAAAAACAGAAUUCUUUUACAAACUUAGACGAUAAGCUAGUUAUGCAAAAAAUAAAAUUUAAAAAGAAGAUUUAUCAAUUUUAUCAAAAUAUCAAAUCAGAAAUAGAAAAUUUGAAUUGUUUAAAUGAUCAGUCAUCUGUCAAGUAUAUUGCUCAUUUAGAAAUUGAAGCCUCAAAGAAAAAAGAAUUUGAACAAAUUGUAGCUGAAUUUGAAAGUAAACGGAUUAAUUCUCCUAAUCCGUUUUUAUUUAUAGCUGAGUUGAAAACAUUUAUCCAUGAUUUUGAUAUCAACUUUAAAUCUGAUAAUUUGCUGUAAAACAAAAAUGGUUUUUAUUUAAUCUAUGUGAUACUCUACUGUUUCCUUAUUGUUAGUUAAUUGACAAUUAUCUCUUAUUUAUCUUUAAAAA